UGGUGCAGCGUCCGCCCGGGCAGGGCUAUCCGUGCGCUGGCGCCGCUCGCGUCCCCACACGGGCAACCCAGGAGGGCUCCGGGCCCGGCGGCUCUUUAACCCUUGCCCUGCCGCGCCCCGCGCCGGGCAGCUCCGGGGAGGGCCGCGGCGGCGGCGGCGGGGCCCGAGGCGGGGAGGGGGGGCAGAGCGAGCCGCUCCCUCCCGGCCCGGCCCAGGCGGCAGGAGGAGCAGGGCGCGGAGCGCAGACAUGGCGGCCAACAUGUACCGAGUGGGAGAUUACGUUUAUUUUGAAAACUCCUCGAGCAAUCCAUAUCUGAUCAGGCGAAUAGAAGAACUUAACAAGACUGCUAAUGGCAAUGUGGAAGCAAAAGUUGUGUGCUUUUACAGACGACGAGACAUUUCCAACAGCCUUAUAAUGCUUGCAGAUAAACAUGCUAAAGAAGUUGAAGAAGAGUCUGAAACUACGAAUGAGGCCGAUUUGACUGAUAAACAGAAACAUCAGUUGAAACACAGAGAGCUCUUUCUUUCUCGCCAGUAUGAGUCUCUUCCUGCAACACAUAUCAGGGGAAAAUGCAGUGUUGCACUUCUGAAUGAGACCGAAUCUGUGUUGUCAUAUCUUGAUAAAGAGGAUACUUUUUUUUAUUCGCUGGUAUAUGAUCCAUCACUGAAAACACUUUUAGCAGACAAAGGAGAAAUCAGAGUGGGACCUAGAUAUCAAGCAGAUGUACCAGACAUGCUUGCUGAAGGAGAAUUAGAUGACAGAGAGCAGGCAAAGCUGGAAGUAAAAGUAUGGGAUCCAGAUAGCCCCCUUACUGAUCGUCAGAUUGACCAGUUUUUAGUUGUAGCACGUGCGGUUGGUACAUUUGCUCGAGCUUUGGACUGUAGUAGUUCUGUCAGGCAACCUAGUUUACACAUGAGUGCAGCUGCUGCUUCCCGAGACAUCACACUGUUCCAUGCAAUGGAUACAUUACAUAAGCACAACUAUGAUCUGAGCAGUGCCAUUAGUGUUCUGGUACCACUUGGAGGACCAGUUCUAUGCAGAGAUGAAAUGGAAGAAUGGUCAGCUUCGGAAGCUAGUUUAUUUGAAGAGGCUUUGGAAAAAUAUGGUAAAGACUUCAAUGACAUACGACAAGACUUUCUUCCUUGGAAGUCGCUGACUAGCAUAGUUGAAUAUUAUUACAUGUGGAAAACUACUGACAGAUACGUACAACAGAAACGUCUGAAGGCAGCUGAAGCAGAAAGUAAAUUGAAACAAGUGUACAUCCCAACCUACAACAAACCAAAUCCCAAUCAACUAUCCAGCAACAACGGGAAACCAGGAGCAGUGAAUGGAGCUAUGGGAGCAUCUUAUCAGACACAGACCUCAUUAAUAGGCCGGGCUUGUGAAAGUUGCUAUGCCACCCAGUCUCAUCAGUGGUAUUCUUGGGGUCCCCCUAAUAUGCAGUGUAGAUUGUGUGCAUCUUGCUGGAUUUAUUGGAAGAAAUAUGGUGGCCUGAAAAUGCCAACUCAGACAGAAGAAGAGAAACUAUCUCCCUGUCAGACCACAGAGGAUCCCCGUAUUAGAACUCAUAUGUCACGCCAGGCUACGCAGGGUACUCCAGUCCGUAACACUGGUAGUCCAAAGUCUGCGGUGAAAACGCGCCAAGCUUUCUUCCUUCACACGACGUGUUUGACAAAACUUGCCCGUCAGGUCUGCAAAAAUACCCUCCGGUUGCGGCAGGCAGCAAGACGUCCCUUUGUCCCUAUUAACUGUGCUGCCAUUAGGGCAGAAUAUGCAGACCGACAUUGUGAAAUAGUUGGAAGUCCUCUGAAGAUCAAAAGCACUAGAAAACCGCUGUCUUGUAUCAUCGGAUAUUUAGAGAUUCAUCCUGCAAUGAAACCUAAUGUAGUUAGGUCAAUGCCAAGCCUUCAAACCCCAGCUGCGAAACGAAUGCUCGCAACCCCUAAUCAUUCAUCCCGAAGUAUUUUGGGGAAAAGAAACUACAGCCAUCACAAUGGACUUGAGGGAACUUCUCCACUUUGACAUGGAACAGAGCCAGAGUGUCCCUGGGACAUCUGGGAUGUUAAUGACAACAAACCAAGAAAAUCACUCUGUACCUGAUGGACUUUGCAUCAUUUAUCUUGGCUUAUGGGUAGAGAGAGAAAGUAGCAAUGCCAAUUUUCCAAACCACACCAGAAUUUAACCACCAAUCCUGACCCUAAUUCUCUCUCCCUUUUCCAGAACGUUCAUGCUGUAUUUCAGACUGAGAUGUCCUCUUUCCUUCCUCCCAAUCAAGAGUUGCCUCAGCUCCUGGAGGAACAAAUAUUGAGGUGUACAGCUGAGAAUAAGGACUAUACUAAGCUGUUUCCUGCUGCAUUUGACUAGGACCCCAAGUACAGCCAGGUGGGGAGGUGACAUGAGCAGUUGACAAAGCAAGAAAAGGACAAACCUCCAAACAAUCUAUCUCCAGUUUUUGAUGACAGUCUAAUCUCUCUCUCUCUCUCUCUCUCUCCCUCCAUAUCAUUGCCUAUUCAGGAGUAAGACUCAGAUGGGGUAUGAGUGGGGAAGAAACAGUCCUUUCAUUGCUCCCACUUUUUCUGUUGGAAGCUUGCAACUCUGUAUGCCAAGCACAGGAAAAUGUAAAUAGUAUCUCUCAUUGGCGAAGUAUUGAGAGACUGGACACUUUCUUGUUCGAGUCUUUCUUGCUUCAUGGAGAAACAGUAAAAGUUGCAUGUAUCUGCUUCAUCCUGACUCAUCAGAUAUGUAAUCAUAUGUGAAAAUAUGUAUACAGGAAAGGUUUUUUCACAGUAUGAUUGAAUUUCUUGUUUAGAAAUGUACUCGUGUAUUCUAUCUUGUGGUGCAAUCUCUCUGUCUUUUUUGUUUGGAGAUAUCAGACUCUCAGUUUUGUUUCUCAAUAGGGAUUUCAGACAUUCUCCUGAGAUGGCAUUAUCUCAUGUAGAAUGUAUAUCAGGAGCAACCGUGUAAAAUUAUUAUUAAUUUGAAGCUUAAUUUGCUAGUGUGUGUAUAUUGUUGUUGAUAUGAGUAUUUUAUUGGUUUUGUACAUAACUUAGUAUUGUUCUACUUUAGUUAUUACAAACAUCAUUUUUUUUUACCUGUCAACUGGGCACAUUUGAUAUGUAAAUGAUUAAGACUCAAUAAACAAGGAACCCCACAA